AUGUUUCUUACAGUUCCGCACAGUUGGAGCUUAAAACGCAAAUGGGCUGCGACCGCAAUCGUAGCAUCGUUUUCUUUUAUGGGUCCAGUUUCUUCCUCCAUGAUCGCUCCCGCGACUGGCCAAGUGGCUUCUACAUUCGGGAUUGACAACGACGUCAUAAAUGCACUCACAACCUCCAUUUUUGUGCUUGCGUUUGCGUUCGGGCCCUUGUUUGUGGGCCCAAUGAGUGAGCUUUACGGCCGGUCACGCGUUUUGCAAGUGGCAAAUCUAUGGUAUCUUGCAUGGAAUUUUGGAUGUGGGUUUGCACAGACAGAAUCCCAGCUCCUUGUUUUCCGAUUCCUCGCUGGAAUGGGAGGCGGGGCGCCCACGUCUGUCGGCGGCGGUCUUCUUGGUGAUUGCUGGCGACCAGAAGAGAGAGGAAAAGCCUUCGCGUUUUACUCCUUGGCUCCGCUGUUGGGGGCUUCCGUGGGACCGAUCACAGGCGCUUGGAUUGCCGAACGCUCUAGCUGGAGAUGGGUGUUUUGGUCUACGUCCAUUGCUGAUGCAGUCAUUCAAAUCCUUGGAGUGUUUUGCCUUCGAGAGACUUACGCGCCUAUCUUGUUGGAAAGGAAAGCAGAGCGCAUCCGCAGAUCGAUGGAUGCCGAAAAAGUGCCUUACGGAGAAAUCCGCACAGUCUGGCAUACCAUCAUGGCCAAAGCACUCAUUCGCCCUUUCGCACUCUUUUUCUGCGAACCAAUCGUCCAGGUACUCGGCGUUUACAUGGCGUACUUAUACGGGUCACUUUAUAUCAUUUUGACGACCAUACCAUCGAUCUUUCAGGGUGUAUACCAGCAGUCGGUAGGGAUCGCCGGCCUUCAUUACAUCGCGCUGGGCAUAGGGUUGGUGGGGGCGUCUUGUUCAAACGCGAGUAUACUAGACAAGGUCUAUCUUUAUUUGAAGAGCAAGAAAGGUGGAGUUGGAAAGCCAGAAUUCAGAUUGCGGUGCUUGAUUUUAGGCUGGGCUGCACAAGCACAAGCACAUUGGAUAGUUCCAGAUAUAGGCAUAGUACUUGCGGGAGCAGGCAUUACUCUGAAUAUCCAGUCUGUACACACUUACAUUGUUGAUUGCUUCACGCUUCACGCAGCUUCCGCGCUGGCCGCCGCCUGCUGUCUGCGGGCACUGGCAGGCUUUGGAUUUCCGUUAUUUGCUCCAGCGAUGUACAGCGCACUCGGAUUCGGGAAGGGCGAUACCAUCCUUGCAGUCGCAGCAUUCGUGUUAGGCUGUCCCGCACCCUGGAUAUUGUGGCGUUAUGGGGAGCGAAUACGGAACAGCAGUCGAUAUGCGCAUCCGUGA